CUCUUAACUGCUUGAGCUCCGGACUUUGGACGGACUCUGCGCCUGCGCACUUCGUAGUUUGUCUGCGUGUCAUGUUGAUGAAUGCUAGAACUGGGUAGUCAACAUGUCCACCACUGCUGCUCAAGACAACAAUAACGAAGAAUCCGGACUUCAAGGCUCCUGGGUAGAGCUGGAGCUGAAUAAAAACACAGGAGGCCAGGCCACGCAGGCCAGUGUGCUAAUGAUACCCGCCGCAGACCAAAUAAACGCCAAUGCUGGCAUGAGUCAAACUCUGCAGACCUUGGAAGUGGUGCCUGAGAACGAUGAAACCCUGAUCGGAGGACUAGAGCAUGUGCCGUCAUCCUCGUCAAUCCACAACGGGGACAUGGAAAAGAUCCUGCUGGAUGCACAGCAUGAAUCCAGCCCCAGUAGCUCGUCCUGUGACAGUCCUCACAGGCCACCCAGUCCGGAUCACGAUGAGGGUCAGAUAACUUUUGAUGUGGAGAUGCCCAGCCCAAGAGGUAGUCAGUCAGAGGAAGAAGGUCCGGAGCAGGACAGAGAGGAAGACAUCCUGCUCAACAAAGAGGUAGACUGGGUCGCUGAUUGGUCCAGCAGACCGGAAAACAUUCCACCAAAGGAGUUCCACUUCAGGCACCCCCGACGUUCGGUAUCUCUCAGUAUGAGAAAGAGUGGAGUCAUGAAGAAAGGUGGCAUCUUCUCUGCCGAAUUCCUCAAAGUCUUCAUCCCAUCCUUACUCAUCUCGCACAUCGUCGCCCUCGGCCUCGGGGUGUACAUCGGGAAGAGAAUUGCCACGGCCUCCACCAGCUCUUACUGAACAGAAGAUGAAGCAGUGCCUGGAUGUUCUCCUGUCUCCAAGUCUCUCAGCCAUCCUCCUGUAGUCAAGCUGUCUCUCUGCAUCUGUUGUACGCCCACAUUUCUCUUCCAAUCAGCAUUAAAUUCUGUCACACUGUAGAUGUAGUUAUAGAGUAAUACACAUGAUGUAAUGUGGUCGCACUCCAUCACGUUUUGACACUGGGCGACGUUUUCCCCAGCAGCUGUCGUUAACUUGAAUCUAGUAGAUGACGGACCUUCUUAGAGCUGGAAGAUAUUAGUCAUCCCGUAAACUCUAAAACUUAUGAGGAGGAUUUGAUGUCCGGUGGCUUCAGGGUUGAAGUUUCUCUACUUGUUUUGAUUUUAUGUCAUGAGAAAUCUGGCCUCCCAAGCUUAAUUUCUCCACUGGUGUCCCAGUAGGCAGAAGUGUCUGAACCAAAAAUAUGCGCCAUAUCUGCAAGACCAACAACCUGAAUUGGCUCUGGAAACAGAAAGGACUUUUAUCGCCUUAAUUUUUUUUAGCUAAACACUCAAGAUGCAGUUACUGGGGGCAGACAAAUGAUGCUGCACUGUGGGAUUUGUUUUUAAAUUCCACGCGUGUUUGAGAGUAGAAGUUGUAUCAUGUUGACUCCUGAGGGUUUCUUUUCAAAGCUUUGUUUUUUUUUUUCUUAAAGUUAAUCUAGCAUGUAGCUGCAAACCUUUACAGUGGGGUUGCUUGAGUACCUGUGAUAGUGGAGCCUAAGCUGGAUGGCAGUUUACCAGGCCAUAUGCUAUUGUUAUUUCCUUUUGCCUACAUAUCUUCUUUAACGUAACAUAGCAGCAAUGGCAAAGUGCCAAAUUUGUAUGUCUCACCACUGCACAUUGGUGAUUUAUCUUAGACUGUUUCUUUGAUUUUACGAUAUGUUGAGUUAUUUAAAGAUAUAGAUGUGAAGAAUAAUUUAAGCUGUGAUCUGCCCCGCGUACACCUUUUGACAGUGUAUAACUUGUUUAUACAUUGAUAUAAAUGCAUAUUAUGUCAUUGUUACUAUAUAGCAUCGUGGCAGUGGACGUAAUGUGUUUUUGCUGUUGUUAAAUUGCCAAAGCAUCAGUGGCAGAAACCACCACAGUGGAACGUAUAACCAGAGGCCUCAUUUAAGAGUGUUGUCUAACUUUUAUCUAGAAUACACUGUGCAAUCAUUUCACAUGCUACAAUACAAUAAACAGUGUACAGUGUGUGUGCAGAACUUCCAGAGAA